AUGUUGAAGAUGAACGUUAGCUCGAUGGUGAUCAUUAGCCUUGCACUCAUGACCGUCGGAGUUUUCGCCUCCCCAUCAAACAAGGAUACACGCAACACUCUUUCCAUCUCCAGCAAAGGCCGUCGAACGACCGGGAACAGGAUGGACAGACGGAUGGUCCCCCCGCCGGUCGGGCCUGGUGUAGGAGUAGCCGCAGGCCUCAAUGCGGCGACUGGUCUGGUUGGGGCAGCUCUUGGGGGACCCGGUCCAGGUCCCGUCGGUGCUUUUGGCGCCGCCCCGAUCGAUGGUCCGCCUCCGAUGGGCGCAGUCGUGGUCCCCGGUGGCCCUCCAGGCGGCAUGGUCGGCGGCAGCGUUGAAGGAGGAGCGACCGGUAACGCGGCCAAUGCAAAUGCUGACGCUGCUGCUGAUGCCGCCGCCAAAGGCCGCGGCCAGCUCGGCCCUACUGCUGGCAACUCGGCCGCAAGCGCAGACGCUGCUGCUCACGCCAGGGCAAACGGUGCACGUCCAACAGGUUCGGCCGAUGCGAAUGGCCCAGAUAAUCUCACCCAGGAAGGCCCCUACCCCGGCCCUGGCAGCUCGGCCACAAACGCAGACGCGGCUUCCGGCGCCAGGGCAAACAGUCCACAUGGAACAGGUUUGGCCGACGCUAAAGGCUCAGCGGAUGCCGCUACCGGAGGCUUUGGACGCGGGGCCGGCAAGUCAGCCGCAAGCGCAGCCGCGGCUGCCCAUGCCAACGCAAAUGCCCAAGGCCCAGGGGCUGUCGAUGCAAACAGUUCCUCGGCCAGCAAAUCUUCCUCCUCUUCCAACUGGAAACGCCAGUCCUGA